AUGGAUGAGGUCUCGGAGUUCCUCGAUGAAUCCAUCAGAGGAAACUGUGAGGGCCUGAUGGUAAAAACCUUGGAUGAUGAUGCUACUUAUGAGAUUGCUAAAAGGUCGCAUAACUGGCUUAAGUUGAAAAAAGACUACCUGGAUGGUGUGGGUGACACGGUGGACCUGGUGGUGCUGGGUGGCUACCACGGGACUGGCAAGAGGGUGGGGCGAUUCGGUGGCUUUCUGCUCGGCUGCUACGAUGAGGAUAAUGAAGAGUUUCAAACUAUUUGCAAGAUAGGUACGGGGUUCAGUGAUGCGGACCUUGAGAAGCAUUCAGAAUUCUUCAAGGGCCACUUGCUUGAGGGUCCCAAAUUCGACGCUAGUCACGUGCCUGACAGAUGGUUUGAUGUUGUCCAAGUGUGGGAGGUCAAAGCCGCUGACCUAUCGCUGUCUCCAGUCCAUAAAGCGGCCAUGGGAUUGGUGGACCCAGAGAAAGGCAUCUCACUCCGCUUUCCUCGCUUCAUUAGGAUCAGAGACGAUAAGAAAGCCGAACAAGCCACAAGUAGUUCUCAGAUUGCGAGUAUGUAUAGGAGCCAGGAUCAGAUCAUCAACCAACAGAGGAGCAAAUCUAGGGACGACGACGAUGAAGAGGAUUACUGCUUCUGA